GGAACUCAACAAAACAGGAAACUUUUGAAAGCCAAAAACGCUAAGAAAAGGCUGUUCGGGUUUCGACUUCAUCCCCCUCCCAAAAUCAUCAUCGAAAUUAGGGUUUUUUUAACGAAAAAGGAAGUCAAAGUCGAUUGAAAUCUUAGGGAAUGCGGCCGAAUUGCUGCCAUGUUUCGUUUGCUUUUGUUCUGAAGUUCUUGAAUUUUCUCCAAGCUUUCGUUGGAGUAUCGAUUAUUCUGUAUUCGAUAUGGAUGUUGGAUCGGUGGAACCAUCACGUUCCCAUUUCUCCGCCUCCUUCAGCGCCUUCGCCAGAGUCUUCUUUUUCGGUCCUCUUCAAUUCGAGACCGGAGAUUGGAGCUCAAGCAGCUAGGGUUUUCGACGAUUUCGCUGUCGGUUUGGUCUCCGGGUUGGAUAAUGGGGUCGGGUUUGACUUGAGCACCGUUAAGCUGCCUGCUCCCUGGUUCAUAUACUCUUUUAUGGGAGUGGGUAUUGUGCUAUGUUGCAUUACUCUCAUUGGUUGCAUAGCAGCUGAAUCUAUUAAUGGCUGCUGUCUUUGUUUCUAUACCAUUCUCAAAAUUGUUCUCAUUUUAAUAGAAGCUGCUUUGGUGGCAUUUAUUGCAAUUGACCGUAGGUGGGAGAAGGAUCUUCCAUUUGACCCAACUGGAGAACUUGAUAGCUUCCGAUCCUCUGUCGAAGACAACAUCGAUAUAUGUAGAUGGGUUGGCAUCAGUGUGGUCAUAAUUCAGAUGAAGAUUUACUGAAGUUCAAUUUACGGUCAUAAGGAUUUAUGAAUUUUAUAAGAAUGGUACUAUGCAAUGAUCUUCUGACCUUGUUUUGCACUUUCUCUAUUGUGAAAAGUUUUUUAUUUGGAUUCACAAUUGUUCUUUUUAAUGCCGGCACUAAACUGUGCCUUGGUUAUAUUACCCUUGGCUUCUGCUCAACCCAUGAUUGGAUGGAUGGGUGGAUUGUUGAUGUGUAUCUCAGAAAAUGAAUUAAUAUUGUAAUUUAGUUAGCUGUUUGCUAUAUUGACAAUUGUAAGUUGAAAUGGUGGGAGGCUGGGAUUGAUGUAGUUUUUGGUUCAAAUCUUACCAAAUAUUUGUGGGAAAGAUUUGAAAAUUAGGACAACAUCUUUGCAGCAUAUUACUAGUUGGAUGGAAAAUUAAUUAUUCGACCUGAUGAAAUACUUAGUCUAUUUUCCUUAUUGAGAUGAUAAAGUUACAACUGAUGAUAUAUGGGAUGAUAAGCAGAUAUCACCUUUACUCAUCUAUAACUUCAUUGUAGCUUAAAAUAUACUAACUUUUGUGUUUUUUUAAUUAUAAUUCACUUGUUCUUUAGUAUUUGACUGUUAAAUUUGACACAAAACAUAGAACGACCUUCAUUAAAAAUAUAAGGAUCCAUCUUUGGAAUGUAUUUAUACAUUUCAUUUACAUGAAAUUUGAAUUAUGAGGAGGGAAAGGAAUUCUUCGGGCAAUUGCGAAAUGCGUAGCUUCUUGUUUUAUGAAAAUACUUUUUAGUUAAUAUCUAUGGUAAUUAAAUUCAAUGGCAAGAUGAAAAAAAAUCUUGUUUUCUAUUAGCAAAUAAAAGAUAAGAUCUCUUCUUUUCUUUUUUAA